GGAGCAUUUCCUCCCUUUCCUCCCCUUUCCCUUGCCUCCUCUUUCGUAAGCUAUGUCGACCUUCCCAGACUACUAUGCCCUUCUUGGUGUCUCAAAGACUGCUACAACAGACGAGAUACGUCAGGCUUACAAGAAAGAGAGUCUUAGGACCCACCCAGAUAGAUUGACCAAGGCGACCGUUGAGGAAAGGAAGGUUGCCACUGAGAAAUUUCAGGCUGUGGCCGACGCUUACUACGUUCUCUCGGACCCAAGUCGUCGCUCCGAAUAUGAUAUCUUGUAUAGAACCAAGGCUGGCAACAAGUCCAGCGACCCGGGAUCCUCGCAAAACUUCUUCUCUCAGUUUGCCAAUAUGUUUGCUGGUGCAUCCACUGGCGCCGGAACUGGCGCCGGGCCCCAUGGUGCCAUGCCUGGGCAUCAGCCUGACGCCAACGGCGUGUUUGCGGACGUUUUUGAAGAGCUUCUUCGUCCCGAAGUUGAGCGCGUUGUCCCGUGGUGGUCUUAUCUCGGAGCCGCGUGCGGUGCAGGACUUGGCUUCAUUAUCGCCAAUAUACCUGGCGUCAUGGUAGGCGCUUAUGCCGGCAACCGUCUCGGUGCGAUCCGAGACGCAAAGGGCAAGAGUGUCGCCGUGGUCUUCCUGUCACUUGGCGGUUCUCAGAAGGCUGCGAUCCUUCGGGCACUGGCGUUGAAAGUGUUGGGCUCCGCUGGAAUGUAGACCUGGCAUGAUGGUGUAAUGGAUGUGUUUUUUUCGCAAGAUUGUACAUGGACUUUACUAUCACACAUCUGUUGUAAUUUUACCCGCUUGAUCACAGUACAACUGGUAUGAAUAAUAACGCUUAGUUACAGC